AUGCCUACAUUUGCCAAAAACCAUGAAGAAUGUAGAAAAUCUGUUUGUGUUAUCUGUUUGAAGAAAGGUAAUCAAGAAUUGACUGAAAACUUCAAAGCUAAAAUUCUUCAACAAAUUCAGAAAGAAAUCAACUUCAAUGAUGACAGAGUACCAUUGGCGACCUGCAUCUCCUGCAGAUCUCACAUUGGAAAGCUGUGUGAUGGUAAAACAAAUGUUGUGCCUCAGAUUUAUGACUUUGAAUCAAUUUCGAUCAAGCCUCUUACUCGUUUUUCUACAGUCUGUGAGUGCUUGAUUUGUAAGAUUGCCAAACUCAAGGGAAAAGAAAGGCAUCCAUUAAGCAAGGUUCAAGAUUCAGCACCAAAAGUUCCCCAACAAUCUUCGCAAAAUGCAGAAAAGCAUUGUACUAAGUGCUUGUCAGUUAUUGGUCGUGGACUUCCUCACUACUGCACUCCUGGAACACGCCAUGAAAAUUUGAGAAGAAUGGCUGCCUCUGAUCCCAUUGGUGCAGAGCAAGUUGCAGCAACAGUUUUGGCAUCAAAAAGUGCAUCUCCUCAUGGCACCAUCAGACUCAGUCAACCUUGUGGAAAGUUAUUGCCAUUGAGAAAAGGACCUUCAUCAGCACAGCAACUUCAUCAGCACAGCAACUCAAAGAGCCUCUUACAACGCAGAAUAUGGUUCAAAUUUAGCAGAAUAUAG